GCAUGCAUAGUCGUUGUGCCAUCUAUAGCUCUAUAAAUUGGUGCAACUAUUGGUCACCCCAUAUCAAGUGAUCAUUCGCACUUGCAACCUUGCAUUGCAUUAGUAGAGAGAGAUGGCCAGAGAAAUGGAGAAGGCAAGGAAGGCCACUUCUUCCCCUAAGACCUCAACGAUGAAUGCUGGUCCAAAGAGCCCAGUAAGGAAUGGAGGAGGUUCUCCGCCUCAUAAGAAGAACACCACUGAGCCACGAGGGCGCAAAAAUGAGCAGCAAAUCGUCCGGAAAGGAGGUCAAGACCAUGAUGAGGGCAAACGCCGAUCUCCAACUUCACAGACCUCACCCAAGAGAUCACCAAGACUCGAUCAACCCCUGAGUUACUGUAGGCUUCACACUGAGGAGAGGGCAAUAAGGCGAGCCGGUUACAAUUAUCAGGUUGCAAGCAAGAUAAAUACACAGGAAAUCAUUCGGAGAUUUGAAGAGAAGUUAGCACAGUUGAUGGAGGAGCGCGAAAUAAAGCUGAUGAGGAAGGAGAUGGUUCCUAAGGCCCAGCUCAUGCCAGCGUUUGACAAACCAUUCCACCCACAAAGGUCUACGAGGCCGCUGACAGUCCCAAAGGAGCCGAGCUUCCUGAAGCUGAAAUGCUGCAUCGGCGGAGAGUUCCAUCGCCAUUUUUGCUACAACGGAUCAUCAGCCAAGGCCAUCAAGUAGAGUAGUAGUCCAUCUGCAUGCGCCUACGUACAACUACAAGAUUAUUCAUCAAGUAUUUUUGCCGUUGUGCAUAAUGAACCAACAUAUACAUACGUUCCAAUCGACACAUGCACAUAUAUAGAAGUGGUUGCUGAUGAUCGAUGUAAAUUUCCCCGACCCGGCCCCUUUAACUUUUUCUCCUCUUUAUCUUUUAUAUAUUUCCUGUCGUCUUUUUGUUUCUUCUUUUCUUCUUCUUCUUUUCUUUUUCUUCUUCUUCUUCUUCCCCUCCUCCUCCUCCUCCUCGAUGGGAUCCACACUGAAAGCUAGCUUAGGUAGGAAUGGAACCAUGCAAAAGGGGUCAUCCGGACGAUGCAUGCGCCAUGUACGCCUGUCUGAUGGCAGUAAUAAAGGUUGCAUAUAGAGUGCCAUGAUAUA